AUGAUCAUACAGAAUAUAGGGAAUGCAGCUAAUAAUAGACAGAAUAACAGAAUUUAUAUAAAUAACACUAAAUUGAGAGAAAUUCGCUUACAAAUUUCGCAAUUAGUCGUUAUAGAAGCGAAUUCUUCCUUCAUCGUUGGAUCUGCAUGGCCAAGUAACACCGAAGACGAAUUGAUUGGUGUACAUACACCCUUAUUCAAUCAACUAGGUGUUAAUCAACCUACUAAUGUAGAAAUUCUGACUGACUUGUCCAAACUCAACCUUAUCCCGAUAUCUUCCAUUUCAAUAGACACGGAUUUACAGCUCGAUGAUAGGCAAUCUAGAUUGCUGCAAGCCUUAAUAAAAGAUUUCCUCGUUGAGUUGCGUUUCUUGAAGCCCGAAUUCAAGUUCUCUCUUCAUUUCAAGUCUAAGCUGAACCAUUUCAAGGUUUUAGACCUGGAUACCGGCCUUUCGACCCUUGCACUCAAUGACAACAGAAGAGCAUAUGAAGUGACACCCUCGACGACCAUACGUCUUAACUCAUCCACCCAGAACGAGUCUCUGACAUCACAAGCCACGUUGAUAGAACCAUCCACAGAGAGACCCCUCAUAGGUGGUCUGUCCAAGCAGAUCAAUGAGAUAUCUGAUUUGAUUGGCUUACCGCUCAAUUACCCGGACUUAUUCACCCGAUUUGCGGUCAAACCACCGAAAGGUCUCCUCUUACAUGGUCCUCCAGGUACUGGUAAGACGCUCCUUGCUCGUUCCGCAGCUACAAUUUUGAGUUUGCCAAUUCUUCUCGUAAAUGGACCCGAGUUGUCUUCAGCAUACCACGGCGAAACCGAAGACAACCUCCGCAAAGUAUUCACACACGCUCGAUCACUCACACAAAACAAGGGCGUUAUAGUAGUUAUAGAUGAGAUCGACACUCUCUGUCCUAGUCGCGAUGGCGACGGAAGCACAGGCGAAGUUGAGAAACGUGUUGUCGCGACGCUACUCACAGAGCUCGACGGGAUGAAUAACGGAAAGGAUACUAACUCUCCAAGCGUUUUCCUCAUAGGUACGACAAACCGUCCUAAUGCACUCGAUAGCGCACUUAGACGACCAGGGCGUCUCGAUCGCGAAAUUGAAGUAGGAAUCCCCGAUGCUAGUCAACGCUACGAGAUACUCACAAAACAAAUAAAUAGCAUGCCACGAAAUGUAACCGCCGAGGAUAUUCACAGUGUUGCUACAAAGACUCAUGGAUUCGUUGGUGCAGAUCUCUCAUCAUUAGUCCGAGCAGCUUCCACGCGUGCAAUCAAGCGUUCUAUAGAGGAAAAAACUGAUGCAUACCUUCAAGUUCAAGAUCUUGUCGACGCCUUGCCGCACAUCCGUCCAUCUGCAUUGCGGUCAGUCCAGCUAACGCUCCCUGAGACUCGCUUCAGCGAUAUAGCAGGUCAGGAGCACGUCAAGAAGUCUCUCGAGCAAAGUGUCAUCUGGCCUCAAAGACAUGCUGACACAUUUGUAAGGCUCGGCCUGACCCCACCUCGUGGCGUUCUCCUUUACGGUCCUCCGGGAUGUUCGAAGACACUCGCAGCGAAAGCCUUAGCGGGUGAAAGUGGCAUAAACUUCCUUGCUGUUAAAGGACCAGAACUGCUUGAUAAAUUCGUGGGUGGUUCCGAGCGCGCUAUCAGAGAUAUUUUCGCGAAAGCAAGAGCGGCUGCUCCAUCUAUCAUCUUCUUUGAUGAGAUUGACAGUAUCGCCAGUGCACGUGAUGACAACUCUUCUACUACCUCUGGAAUGGUCGCAAGUAUGCUUAAUGAGAUGGACGGUAUAGAGGAACUCAACGGUGUAACUGUCCUGGCUGCUACAAACAAACCGCAAGUUAUAGACCCUGCUUUGAUGCGUCCCGGCCGACUGGAUAGGAUAAUAUACGUCGGACCUCCUGAACAAGAGGCUCGAAAGCAGCUCUUUGCACUACGCUUGGCCAAGAUGACAGUCGAGGAAGGUAUAGAUCUUGACGAAUUGUCGAAGAUGACACAAGGAUGUAGUGGUGCAGAAAUAGUCAGUAUCUGUCAAGAUGCUGCAAUGAGGGCAAUGCAGGAAAGUCUCAACGCUGAACAUGUUAAGAAGCAACAUUUUAUCGACGCGUGCUGGGCAGUCAGACGCCGGAUUACGACUGAGAUGCUAACCAGUUUCGAAUCAUGGCGUGAUCAACAAGCAGCAGUCAUGUAA